AUGCCCAACCAGAAAAGCAACAAGGGGAAGAGAAAUAAAAGGACUAAUAGUAGUGGAGAUGAACAAGAAAAUGGAGCCAGUGCUGCCGCAACAGGAGGAGCACCAGGGGUAACAACAACAACAUUAUUGGGGGCUACAGCUGCACCGUUCAACGAACAUAGAAGUGGUAAGAGUGAAAUUGUGUCAAAACAUGCGUGACCGAAGUUAUUGCAAUGGAUUUGAUUGUAUUGUUGCCUGUGAGACGACGUAAGCUUUACGUUGCUUCACAUUUUAUUGUUAUCGACUGUAGGCUUCAUAACUCAAUCGUUAUAGUGUAAUUGCCAACGAGCAUUAUGCAUUGAUCAUUUAAUGAUGCGUCGACAUGGAGGUCUAUGCACUGUCAUAUCACGACGCACACAUGUACAGUUUCAGUUGUGGCCUUGUUCAAGGGUAGUGCUGGCACCUCACCGCUUGCCUGCUCAAGUUCAACUUAAUUUGAUACAUUUUCGGUAUUGUCUCGUCUGUGUCUUGAGUCAGAUAAAGCAACAAAAAACAACAUCAUUAGGCUGUGCAUAUAGGCUGCAUAUACAUUAUAGUUGGCAUCAAAGUUAUACUAGGCCUAACUUACUAUCUGAAUGAAACAUCAUUUGUCAUGUAAUAAAUAUUCAGGUAGGCUUUAUAUAAACAAAAUAUUACCAGUUAAUAAAAUGUGAUGGGGUAAGCACAUGGCUGAACAAUGAUGGAAUUCAUUGCACAGAGCCUCAGGUUUAUGUUUGAAUCACCCUGGCAGCCUGAAGUUGGUGACUCAUAUCUUUUUGGAGAGGCAUAGACUGGUCAUGUUCUUCUUAUUUCAUUUUCUUCUUAACUGAACUGAGUUUUGAUGGAGGUAUAGUUAGGCACAGCACAUUACAGUGCAUGCAUGGGAUUGUUUCUGAUACACUGUCUAGAAACCAUGAGGCCUGAGAGAUGACAGUGAAGUACAGGAAAUGAAAGGAGGAAACUCAUCUACCAUACCCGCAUGCAGGCACGCACGCACUCGCGCUUACAACACUACCAGUCAAAAGUUUGGACACCUACUCAUUCAAAAAUGUUUAUUUUUUUAAACAAUUUUUUACAUUGUAGAAUAAUAGUGAAGACAUCAAAACUAUGAAAUAACACAUAUGGAAUCAUGUAGUAACCAAAAAAGUGUUAAACAAAUCAAAAUAUAUUUUAUAUUUGAGAUUCUUCAAAUAGCCACCCUUUGCCUUGAUGACAGCUUUGCACACUCUUGUCAUUCUCUCAACCAGCUUCAUGAGGUAGUCACCUGGAAUGCAUUUCAAUUAACAGGUGUGCCUUCUUAAAAGUUAAUUUGUGGAAUUUCUUUCCUUCUUAAUGUGUUUGAGCCAAUCAGUAGUGUUGUGACAUGGUAGGGAGGGGGGUAUACAGAAGAUAGCACUAUUUGGUAAAAGCCAAGUCCAUGUUAUGGCAAGAACAGCUCAAAUAAGCAAAGAGAAACCACAGUCCAUCAUUACUUUAAGACAUGAAGGUCAGUCAAUACGGAACAUUUCAAGAACUUUGAAAGUUUCUUCAAGGGCAGUUGCAAAAACCAUCAAGCGCUAUGAUGAAACUGGCUCUCAAGAGGACCGCCACUGGAAUGGAAGACCCAAAGUUACCUCUGCUGCAGAGGAUAAGUUCAUUAGAGUUACAAGCCUCAGAAAUUGCAGCCCAAAUAAAUGCUUCACAGAGUUCAAGACACAGACACAUCUCAACAUCAACUGUUCAGAGGGGACUGUGUGAAUCAGGCCUUCAUGGUUGAAUUGCUGCAAAGAAACCACUACUAAAGGACAGCAAUAAGAAGAAGAAACCGGUUUAGGCCAAGAAACAUGAGCAAUGGACAUUAGACCGGUGGAAAUUUGUCCUUUGGUCUGGAGUCCAAAUUUGAGAUUUUUGGUUCCAACCACGUGUCUUUGUGAGACGCGGUGUGGGUGAAAGGAUUAUCUCUGCAUGUGCAGUUCCACUGUAAUGCAUGGAGGAGGAGGUGUUAUGGUGUGAGGGUGCUUUGCUGGUGACACUGUCUGUGAUUUAUUUAGAAUUCAAGGCACACUUAACCAGCAUGGCUACCACAGCAUUCUGCAGCGAUACACCAUCCCAUCUGGUUUGGGCUUAGUGGGACUAUCAUUAGUUUUUCAACAGGACAAUGGCCCAACACACCUCCAGGCUGUGUAAGGGCUAUUUUACCAAGAAGGAGAGUGAUGGAGUGCUGCAUCAGAUGACCUGGCCUCCACAAUCCCCCGACCUCAACCAAAUUGAGAUCAUUUGGGAUGAGUCGGACCGCAGAGUGAAGGAAAAGCAGCCAACAAGUGCUCAGCAUAUGUGGGAACUCCUUCAAGACUGUUGGAAAAGCAUUCCACGUGAAGCUGGUUGAGAGAAUGCCAAGAGUGUGCAACGCUGUCAUCAAGGCAAAAAGUGGCUAUUUGAAGAAUCUCAAAUAGAAAAUAUAUAUAUAUGUGUUAUUUCAUAGUUUUGAUGUCUUCACUAUUAUCCUACACGCACACACACACACACACACACACAGAGACACAGAGACAGACACAAAUCAAAUCAGGGUUACAUCACAAGCAGCAAAAACAGGGCUCCCCAUAGAUACAUUAGGAUUCAAGUCUAGUGCUUCUUUAAUUGCUUUUUUUAAGGUCUCCUUUGAAUCGUUGAAGGUCAUAUUUUCAUAAAAUGGACUACUUACCCACUCACUUGGCUGCACUGAGGGUUUCCCUGUCUGAUGGGUAUUCAGGCACCCUUCUCAGUGAUCCAUGCUCAAUGAUGAUGGCUCUUAUGUUGCAAGAUAAGACAGAUCUCAUUAGUCUUCUUCUUAUUAUUGAAUGUUCACACAAUCCAUUACUGUUUAAAGUUAAGUCCCAGACAGGCUGUGCAUUGAUGUUUCAGUCCUGAAUUGUUCAGUAACGGCAUGGAAUAUUGUCAACAUUGCAGUCCAAGGAGUUAGUCCUUUUAGCAUGAACAAAAAUCUAUUCUGAUUAAUGUCGUUUUGUUGCUCUGUAAUAUGUCCAAAGUGAAUUUUGUGCCGCAAAGCACGUUUGUUUUUAUUUUCAAGUCAUAUUUUGUAUGGAGAUGUUAUAAUAUGUUUAUGAGUGAUAUAGUAACUCUGUUUUGUUGUGUGUGCUGCAGAGGCCCCCUGUGCUACCCCUCUUGUGUGCAGUCUGGCCAGAGACAUUGACCUUGAGAAGGAUGACUAUCAACGUGUGGUGUGUAACAGUGAUAGCUGCCCCUAUGGCAACUGGAUGCACUUGCAGUGCUUCUACGAGUGGGAGAGCAGCAUCCUGGUCCAGUUCAACUGCAUUGGAAGGGCCCGCAGCUGGAACGAGAAGCAGUGCCGGCAGAACAUGUGGACUAAGAAGGGAUAUGACCUGGCCUUCCGCUUCUGCUCUUGCCGCUGUGGCCAGGGCCACCUUAAGAAAGACACGGACUGGUACCAGGUGAAGCGCAUGGCAGAGGUGAAGAAGAAGGUGCCUCUGGAGAAGAGCCUGGGGAAGUUGAGCAGCUCAGCUGCAGCUGGAGGAGGUGCAUGUGGAGGCGGGCUGGAUCCCCCUGAUGAUCCUAAGAGGGGCAAGCUGCCUGGGGGCAGUAAACUGUCUCACAGAGCAUCCAGUCAGGAGCUGCCUCGCCGACAGUCAGUGGAUCGGCAGAACUCUCAGGAGAGGGGUCACGGAGGCCUAUUCUGUGGAAGCAGCCUGGGGCCCCGCUCACCCUGUGACUCCCCGGGUCAGUCCCCUCCGACAGGCUUCUCCUUCUUCUCCCCACCCACCUUCACAGGGCCCCGCAGCUCCCGUCACCUGGGGGAAUUCCUGAAGAAUGCGGUGCACAUGGAGAGCCACCGGAAGCACAUGCUGGCAAGCGGCAUGCUGGGUCGCGGAGGCCACCUGGAUCACACCAUCCUGCCCCUGCCCAGACUCACCACGGGGGACAACCCAGUGCAGUUCUUGCGGAGGCUGGACCUCACAGAGCUGCUGACCCACAUACCCAGACACAAGCUGAACACCUACCAUGUCCGUAUGGAGGAUGACGCCCAGGCGGGCCAGGGAGAGGACCUGAGGAGAUUCAUCCUGUCGGCUCUGAGCGCCAGCCACAGGAACAUGGUCAACUGUGCCCUGUGCCACCGCACCCUGCCUGUCUUUGAGCAGUUCCCUCUGGUGGACGGGACCCUGUUCCUGAGCCCCUCCAGACACGAUGAGAUCGAGUACGAUGUACCGUGCCAUCUGCAAGGUAGGUCUUUGGAACAAUGUCUAUCUCUGAGAAACAGACUUUGAAACACUUAUGCUAUCAAAACCAGCAGACAGCCGUAACCAUUGCACAUGCAUAAUCUGUAUGUUGUGAUUGGCUACAAACUCAAAUAUUGCAAACUGGAAAUUACAUCAUUCUUUUAAAAUAUUUUAUACACUACCGGUCAAAAGUUUUAGAACGCCUACUCAUUCAAGGGUUUUUCUUUAUUUUUACUAUUUUCUACAUUGUAGAAAAAUAGCGAAGACAUCAAAACUAUGAAAUAACACAUAUGGAAUCAUGUAGUAACCAAAAAAGUGUUAAACAAAUCAAAAUAUAUUUUAGAUUUGAGAUUCUUCAAAUAGCCACCCUUUGCCUUGAUGACAGCUUUGCACACUCUUGGCAUUCUCUCAACCAGUUUCAUGAAGUAGUCACCUGGAAUGCAUUUCAAUUAACAGGUGUGCCUUGUCAAAAGUUAAUUUGUGGGUAUACAGACGAUAGCACUAUUUGGUAAAAGACCAAGUCCAUAUUAUGGCAAGAACAGCUCAAAUAAGCAAAGAGAAAUGACAGUCCAUCAUUACUUUAAGACAUGAAGGUCAGUCAAUACGGAACAUUUCAAGAACUUUGAACAUUUCUUCAAGUGCAGUCGCAAAAACUAUCAAGCGCUAUGAUGAAACUGUCUCUCAUGAGGACCGCCACAGGAAUGGAAGACCCAGAGUUACCUCUGCUGCAGAGGAUAAGUUCAUUAGAGUUACCAGCCUCAGAAAUUGCUGCCCAAAUAAAUGCUUCACAGAGUUCAAGUAACAGUCACAUCUCAACAUGAACUGUUCAGAGGAGACUGUGUGAAUCAGGCCUUCAUGGUCGAAUUGCUGCAAAGAAACCACUACUAAAGGACACUAAUAAUAAGAAGAGACUUGCUUGGGCCAAGAAACACAAGCAAUGGACAUUAGGACGGUGGAAAUAUGUAUUUUGGUCUGGUGUCCAAAUUGUAGAUUUUUGGUUCCAACUGCCAUGUCUUUUUGAGACACGGUGUGGGUGAACGGAUGAUCUCCGCAUGUGUAUUUCCCACCGUAAAGCAUGGAGGAGGAGCUGUUAUGGUGUGGGGGUGCUUUGCUGGUGACACUGUCUGUGAUUUAUUUAGAAUUCAAGGCACACUUACCCAGCAUGGCUACCACAGCAUUCUGCAGCAAUACGCCAUCCCAUCUGGUUUUGGCUUAGUGGGACUAUCAUUUGUUUUUCAACAGGACAGUGACCCAACAUACCUCCAGGCUGUGUAAGGGCUAUUUUACCAAAAAGGAGAGUGAUGGAGUGCCUGGUGACCUGGCCUCCACAAUCCCCCGACCUCAACCAAAUUGAGAUGGUUUGGGAUGAGUCGGACCGCAGAGUGAAGGAAAAGCAGCGUAUGUGGGAAGUGCUCAGCAUAUGUGGGAACUCCUUCAAGACUGUUGGAAAAGCAUUCCAGGUGAAGCUGGUUGAGAGAAUGCCAAGAGUGUGCAAAGCUGUCAUCAAGGCAAAGGGUGGCUAUUUGAAGAAUCUCAAAUAUAAAAUAUAUUUUGAUUUUUUUAACACUUUUUUGGUUACUACAUGAUUCCAUAUGGGUUAUUCCAUAGUUUUGAUGUCUUCACUAUUAUUCUACAAUGUAGAAAAUAGUAAAAAUAAAGAAAAACCCUUGAGUAGGUGUUCUAAAACUUUGGACCGGUAGUGUAUUUUCCAACAAACAAUCUCAAUUGACCUGUAAUUUAAAAUGUUUGAAUGAUUGUCUUGAACCCGAGUUUAAGAGAAAGAUCACUUUAUUGGUCAAUUGCACACAUGUUCCAUCUGAAAUUUGACUUUCACUUUGAACGCAACCCUCCAGAAAGACACGUAUGCAUACAGUCGUGGUCAAAGGUUUUGAGAAUGACACAAGUAUUGGUCUUCGCAAAGUUCGCUGCUUCAGUGUUAUGAGAUAUUUUUGUCAGAUGUUACUAUGGUAUACUGAAGUAUAAUUACAAGCAUUCCAUAAGUGUCAAAGGCUUUUAUUGACAAUAACAUUACGUUUAUGCAAAGGGUCAAUAUUUGCAGUGUUGACCCUUCUUUUUCAAGACCUCUGCAAUCCACCCUGGCAUGCUGUCAAUUAACUUCUGGGCCACAUCCUGACAGAUGGCAGCCCAUUCUUGCAUAAUCAAUGCUUGGAGUUUGUCAGAAUUUGUGGGUUUUUGUUUGUCCACCCGCCUCUUGAGGAUCGACCACAAGUUCUCAAUGGGAUUAAGGUCUGGGGAGUUUCCUGGCCAUGGACCCAAAAUGUUGAUGUUUUGUUCCCCGAGCCACUUAGUCACUUUUGCCUUAUGGCAAGGUGCUCCAUCAUGCUGGAAAAGGCAUUGGUCGUCACCAAACUGUUCUUGGAUGGUUGGGAGAAGUUGCUCUCGGAGGAUGUGUUGGUACCAUUCUUUAUUCAUGGCUGUGUUCUUAGGCAAAAUUGUGAGUGAGCCCACUCCCUUGGCUGAGAAGCAACCCCACACAUGAAAGGUCUCAGGAUGCUUUACUGUUGGGAUGACACAGGACUGAUGGUAGCGCUCACCUUGUCUUCUCCGGACAAGGUGUUUUCCGGAUGCCCCAAACAAUCGGAAAGGGGAUUCAUCAGAGAAAAUGACUUUACCCUAGUCAACAGGCAGGUGUGAGUCCAAUCCCUGUACCUUUUGCAGAAUAUCAGUUUGUCCCUGAUGUUUUUCCUGGAGAGAAGUGGCUUCUUUGAUGCCCUUCUUGACACCAGGCCAUCCUCCAAAAGUCUUUGCCUCAAUGUGCGUGCAGGUGCACUCACACCUGCCUGCUGCCAUUCCUGAGCAAGCUCUGCACUGGUGGUGCCCCGAUCCCGCAGCUGAAUCAACUUUAGGAGACGGUCCUGGCGCUUGCUGGACUUUCUUGGGCGUCCUGACGCCUUCUUCACAACAAUUGAACCUCGCUCCUUGAAGUUCUUGAUGAUCCGAUAAAUGGUUGAUUUAGGUGCAAUCUUACUAGCAGCAAUAUCCUUGCCUGUGAAGCCCGUUUUGUGCAAAGCAAUGAUGAUGGCACGUGUUUCCUUGCAGGUAACCAUGGUUAACAGAGAAAGAACAAUGUUUUCAAGCACCACCCUCCUUUUAAAGCUUCCAGUCUGUUAUUCUAACUCAAUCAGCAUGACAGAGUGAUCUCCAGCCUUGUCCUCGUCAACACUCUCACCUGUGUUAACGAGAGAUUCACUGACAAGAUGGCAGCUGGUCCUUUUGUGGCAAGGCUGAAAUCCAGUGGAAAUGUUUUUUGGGGAUUAAGUUCAUUUUCAUGGCACAGAGGGACUUUGCAAUUCAUCUGAUCACUCUUCAUGACAUUCUGAAGUAUAUGCAAAUUGCCAUCAUAUAAACUGAGGCAGCAGACUUUGUGAAAAUUAGUAUUUGUGUCAUUCUCAAAACUUUUGACCACGACUGUACAUAAAGGUUUUGGAGAGGUGCUGCCGCACUGGGCCCCCAAGAGCUGUUGUUGUUAAGUGCCUUGCUCAAGGGCACAACGGCAGGCAAUGUCAUCUAGGAUUUGACAGAUUUUCCCCGUCGGACCCGGGAUUUGAACUGACAACCCACCGGUUGACACCCAUAUGCUGGUUCCUGCUGUGGUAGAAGAAAUGUGUACAGUGAAAAGUUCAGGUUUACUGUUGACAGCUGAUCAGGCCCCAAGCAAAUGAUUUGGACCACAGCUGUUUCCAGAUAUGCAUAUUUUAGUGUAGUUUCAGAAUAACUUGUUUGGUUGUGAAUUUUCAUAAUUGUUAUUCUGGUCUGCAAGGGUGUUAUCCCUUGCAUAUAUUUGAGAUAAGAACACACCAUAAUAAACCUGGCACAAUAGAAUUCAUUACUUUCAUUGAGAACUAAACAAAAUUAUUAUGGCACAUGAAUGUGAUCAAGCAUGUCAUACAUAUCAAUCAAGUCAAUCUAUACUGUUUUCCACAAACAGCUUUUUAGUAGCUAUUCACCACAUGGAUAAUAAUUAAAUCAGUGGAUGAAUGCUGUUGCUUUGAUCUUCAGGCUUUGUAAUGCAUGAUUAUUUUUCACGCUUUAGGGAUUAUUUGUGGAAUCUAUUAAACAACCCUAUUGUCUCUCUUGUAAAGGGAGGCUGAUGCAUCUGUAUGCAAUCUGUGUCGACUGUCUGGAGGGAGUCCACAAAAUUGUCUGUAUCAAGUGCAAGUCCAGGUGGGAUGGGAGCUGGCACCAGUUGGGGACGAUGUACACCUAUGAUAUACUGGCCGCCACACCAUGUUGUCAGGUGAGUAGGCUAUUAGUAUUUAUCAAUAUAUCUUUUUUUCUCAUGAGGAGUUUGAAAGUCAUAUUUGAGUUAGCCUCCAGAUGGUCCAGGGGUGUCAUUUAAAUAUGGCAGGCUGCCAUACAGUAACUUCAUGGGGCAAAGUCAGUUAAAAAAUCAGGUUUUGUGUUGUGGCUAGAUCUCUUCUUAUCAAAUCGUCUCAUUGACAUUAUGCAUGGCAAAGUCAACAACUGCAGAUCCUUAGCCAUUUCCUCUAUUUGUACCCUUAGGCCCGUCUGAACUGCAAGCACUGUGGCAAGCCAGUCAUAGAUGUCAGGGUGGGGAUGCAGUACUUCUCAGAGUACAGCAAUGUGCAGCAGUGCCCCCACUGUGGGAACCUCGACUACCACUUUGUCAAGCCAUUCUCCUCCUUCAAAGUAUUGGAAGCUUAUUGA